AUGACGGCUUCCGAGAGCGCCCCCGCGGCGCCGGGUAUUGAGAUUCCGGACUUUGCGCCGCGCGCGACCACGGCAGCGGCGGGGCUGGUGGAAUCCCCAGGGACGCCGUCCUCGCCCAACGCGUGGGCGCGUUUUGAAUUCGAGAUGGGAUGCGGGAACGAGGGCACCAAGGUUCUGGUCGUUGAGUGGGAUCCGGCGGCGGCACCGCGGGACAAGGACGACAGCCAUGGUGACCAGCCAGUCUCGCAGGGCGGCAGCAGCCCCCUAGACGACUGGGAGGUCUCGUGGGGCGGCAAGAUCCCCCGUGCGCGGAACCAAGUCAAGGAGGCAGACGGCAAGUCGACGUUUCGCGUCUUUAUUCUCAUAGAAGACGAUAUCCAAGUGCCUUCGGUGGUUGCCAUAACGCAAAUCUCGACGGGGCGCACGCUGCUGGCGAGGCCAAUGCCGGCAAUUUAUACGCCAGCGCUCGGUGCAGAUGUCGCCAAGGCUGCCGGCAGACGAGGUGUCCUUCAUACACAAUGGGCCGAGAAGAGGCUAAAAGAGCUUCAGCUGGAAUACGACAGGGAGGUGCAGGAUAACAGCGAAGGUGUGGGUGCCGUCAUGGCUUAUACCGACCUUACCUGGGUUGUCGAGCACUUUGGUCUGCGCCACCCUUACGCCGUGGACGGCCUGGCGCCCCAGGAGACCAAGCAUCCGAAAGCGGCCCAACCUCCCAGGUCGCCUGUAGGAGGCAAGCUGGGCGAGAAGCUGCGGGGACUCAAGCUGGCGACGAGUCCCUCGGAGCUGGUGAAUACGACAGGCCAGAGACAAAACCCACACUAUUUCACUCCCGGCAGCUCAGGGACGACGGGCACAGCCCGAUCGGGACGCCUGGUCACGGCCAUAGCGCCGGGAGGAGACCCGGGAUCAUCCGGCGUGGCGUCGCUGGAUGCCAUGGUCAAGAACACGCAGUCGUCGGCUGCCCCGGUGCGGCCGCCUCCGAGCCAGGCGACCGAGGACGAGCUGUUUGCGCUGCCCAUGAGCCCGAGGAGUCCCGAAAUGGAAAUCAGCCCGUUUAGCUUGAUCAAAUAG